AUGUUGAAUGUUCAAGUCUUAGAUGACAUAAUGAAAUAUACAAAGAAAUACUGUGGAAUAAAAAGAAAGGUUAAGGAGCCUUGUUUUGUAUUUCAUUAUAAUACAAGAGAAACACUUAUUAUUGAAAGUAAUAAAGAUACGUUCAAUAUAUUUAUACAAGAAGGAAUGUGGAGCAACAAUGAUUUAGUUCAACAAGCAUUUAAAAUAUAUGGAAAUAAACGAAUUAUUGAAGGAGAGAAUUUAGAAAGAAUGUUGAAAGUAUUUUAUGGUUUAUUUCCAUUAUUAGAGGAAUUUAUUGAGUAUGUCAAAAGAAAUAGACCAUUUUUUUAUCUCACAAAAGAUGAAUGGGAUUCUUUGUAUUAUGAAAGAGAUUGUGUGUUAAAUGACAAUUAUGUUAACGAAGAUAGAAUUAUUUCAUGGCCAUUGUUAUUUGAAGAGUUUAGAGCAACAAGGAGAAGUUAA